GAUUAAACAAACGUCAACAAAAUCGGCCAAACCCUUUUGCAUGUGUUGAGUCAAUGAAUCCUGAAGACUACUAUAGAAUUACCAUAGCAAUACCUUGUAUAGAUUCUUUUAUAAGUAAUUUAAAAGAAAGAUUUCUUACUCAUAAGAAUAUUUUUGAAGGUUUCCAGUGCUUAUUUUCCGAUGAAAUAGAAUAUGAAGCAUUUGAAGAACUUGUCAGAUUUUACCUGGACUCAGACACUCAGAUAGUCAUUGCUGAAUUAAGAAUAUGGCAAUCAAAACUGAAAGCAAAUAAUAAAAACCCUAAGGCAGCCAUAGAUGCUUUACGUUUAUGUACACAGUCAAUUUUUCCAAAUAUCUAUAAAUUAUUAAAAAUAUUAUGUACCAUUCCAGUAUCUACAUCCACUCCCGAGAGAUCAUUUUCAUGUAUGAAACGACUAAAAACCUAUUUAAGAAACUCAAUGACUGAAAAUCGUCUUAACGGCUUAACAUUGUUGGCCGUUCAUAGAGAAAUUCCAAUUGAUGCCAAAGAAGUUCUUGAUGUGAUGGCUCAAAAAUCAAGAAAACUGGAUAUAAUUUUGUAGAAUUAAUAUUUUAAUUAAAAAUAUAGUAUUGUUAUAAUUUAA